AUGACAUCUGCCAACGCUCUGCGCCUUCCGGGCCACGGCUUGGAGCUGAAGUGGCGUCAUACGGAAACUAUCGAUGAAUCCAAGUUUAUCCCCUUUCAACUGACUGAAGGUUGCAAUGCUGAGAUGGAGAUGUCAUACAUGGCAUUGAAGACUAUAUAUACUGCCUCUGAUUCCCUUCAUCGCAAUCCAUUAUCAUCAUACCCUCUACCAAAUACCCUCUCCAUAAACUCUAAACACAUCCAAACUCAACAGAACCCACAACGAGUUGUUUUCACUGCAAACCAGCCACACACAACUACCAUCACAAUGUGUCUCCCUUUCGGAAGAAGCCAAACUCGCUAUAGCUCUGGCGGCGGUGGAAUGAUGGGUGCUCGCCCAGUCAAGGAAGUUCACCAUCAUCACCAUGGCGGAGGUCGCAUGGGUGGAGGCAUGGGAGGCGGCCGCAUGGGAGGUGGCGGUAUGAUGGGAGGAAUGGGAGGCGGACGACGCAUGGGUGGAGGUAUGGGAGGCAUGAUGGGCGGCAGUAGAAGAAUGGGUGGACGACGAUGCUAG